GAAUAUUAUAGUGCCAUAUAAUCACAAGGCUUUAAUAAAACUGCAGAGUUCACUUUUAAAGGCUUGUGCUAUAUAGUAGUCAGUACUAUAGAUAUAACCAAAGUCAGAGAACAGUAUGGGCGUAAGAAAAUCGUCUGCAGGAGCAGGCAAGACUAAAGAUGGGCCCGGAGGAGGUGGUCUCAAGAAAAAGGGCACUGCAGCAAAGAAAAAGCCGUCGCAAAAGGGGAAGAAAGGGGGUGCCGCACCCGGCGAUCAAUUAGAUCCAUACAUUCAGCCGACGUCCAAUAAGUCCAAGAAAACCGCGGCAGAGAAGAAACAUGCGGCAAUGUAUGUAAGCAUACCGGCUGUCACUGCUGAUGGGAGUGAGGAUGAUUCAGAGCAGGAUGAUAAUAUGGAGGGGUUAGAGGAAUUAGAUAUAAAGCAAACUCGGUUUCUGGCGAAUUUGGAUGCAAAGGCUCUGAGUGUAAGACGAGACGUUCUCAAUGAAAAGGAAAGAGAGAGCAAAGAAAAACAAGAUGUAGAUGCCAUCCACGCCAAAGUGAGAGCCGCUCAAAUGGCCAUGGAUGUCCACAACGACAGUGUGGGCGUGCGAGACAAUGCAGCCAGCAAGAAGCGCAAGGCCGCGGCUGCCAGCCUAGAUGCCAGCAACACCUGGCAGCACGAGAAGAAGGCUCGUGCGUUUGUGUCGUCGAGUGCGCAGGAGCGCAACAGCGGUCAUCUGCCAAUCAAAAUGACCAACGGAAAGAUUCGAACCAAUGAGCGGCUUGUUAUAGCCCGCGCUCAAAUGAGUGACGAGGAGUCGGAGGAUUCGGCGAGUGAGGAUGAGAGUAAAGAUAAAAAUAGCACAAAGAAGGGAGCAAAGGGGAGUAAGGAGGCGAAGAAGGCCGCCAGAAAGGCCGGCAAAGUCAACGGUUUCACCAAGAGUAAGGUAGAGCGAGUGUCUGAGUCAUCGGCUGACAAUGCCAGUGACAGUGCCAGUGGUAGCGAUGCACAAAUCAUUGUAGCCAGUGAUGACGACGACAACGAAGCGUAUGGGCUUGCCAAAGACACAGCCGCAGACUCUGAUUUCGACACGGACAUAUCCGACAACGAAGCAAAACCCAACAAACCCAACACGGAAUCCGACAGCAGCGACAGUGAGGAUGACAUCAACCCCGCCAUAGCCCUACUCAAGACGCGAGAGACCUUCGCCACACUCAGACAACAGAUAGCCAAGCUGUCUCAGCUGCUGUUGGAAGACUGUGAAGGUAACAUGACCGCGUUUGCUCAGUUGUUGGAGAUAGCGUCUGAUGCAACGAACGACAGCCGUGCCAGGAAGCUCGCGUUGGUGUCGCUUAUGGCGGUGUAUAAGGACGUCCUGCCGGGCUACCGCAUCCGCCUACCCACAGAGGCGGAACAAAAGCAGAAGGUCUCCAAAGAAGUAGCUGUGCUGCGGGCUUUUGAAGCUUCUCUGCUGGGUUCAUAUCAGAAGUACCUGCAGUUCAUGCAGAAGAUGCUCGAGACAUACAACCGCCGAGUAGUAAAGAUACGCAAGGUGUCCAAGGACGAGAAGAAAGGCGACCUAGCUGCGCUUGUGGAGGGGCUUAAGCACGUAGAGGUGCUUGUAGAAGUGUGCGUUAAGUGCAUGGGAGAGAUGCUGCUGGCUAAGCCAAGCUUUAACUUUGGCAACAACAUCAUUCACUCCAUCCUACCGUUUGCCCAGGAAGGCCCCCGAAGGGUGCCAUCCAUCGUGUGCUCGUAUGUGCGCCAACUGUACAGUGGAGACUCGGAUAUGCUCAGUGUGCUUGAGGUCACGCGUGGGAUAGCACAGAUGAUCAAGACACACAACUACCAGGCCAGACGAGAGCUGCUAGAGUGCUUUGCCAGUCUAACGCUCAAGACAGACCUCUACGACAAGACCAUCAACCCCAUCACCAACGCCAGGAGCGCCCCCAUAGCCACGGAUUACCAUGGCAACGAGGUUCACAAAUCGAAGAAACAGCGGAAGAAAAACAAGCUAGACAAAGAGCUGGAACGUGACUUGGAAAAGGCGUCGGCCUUGGAGAACCAGAAGGAGCUGAAGUUAAGAUACAACGAGAUACUCAAGAUGGUGUUCUUGACCUAUUUCCGCAUACUCAAACACGGCGGCGCUUCACCGCUUCUGUCGGCAACUCUGAAGGGAUUGGCCAGGUUUUCCCAUCUGAUUAAUGUCGACUUCUUCACUGACCUGCUCAAAGCGUUCAAGCGCACCCUACUACUUCCUAACCUGCCAUACUCUGAUGCUAUCAACUGUGUCGCUACUUCAUUCCAGAUCUGUUCAGGCCAGGGUGAUGUGCUGCUACUAGAUCUGCGCGACUUCUUCUCGCAUCUGUACGUCCUGCUGCUCUCGUUGCCUAGCAACACGGAGCACAUGCGCACGGUGCUGGAGUGCUUUGACUAUGUAAGGGGACAGUCACACAUGCUGACACUCGAGCGAGUCGCCAGUUUUGUCAAACGGCUCGUAACUGUGGCUCUGGAGGUGCCCUCGGGCGGUGCUAUUGCUUUGCUGGCGUACGCCUAUCAAUUACUACUGAAAUCUCCGCGCGCGCAAGUGAUGCUUGACAACGACAUCGUUGGCAACGGCCGCUUCAUCCCGUUUGCCACAGAUCCCGAGAACGCCAACGCCACCUCUUGCCCACUGUGGGAACUCAUACCCCUGAGUAACCAUGCACACCCCAUCGUGGCCAUAUACGCACAGGAACUACGCAAACUAGGCGGCGGAGAGAUGGGAAGCGGGCGUGAGAACACACACCACGCCAUGCCGCCCGCUCUUAGAACGUCGCCAAUGAAUCUGUACCGCAUAUACGACACCAGCCAAGGCGGGUUUAAUCCGCCCAUCCAACAACCGAAGGCCCAUCCCAUCACAAAGAACUCCAAAGAGGGCGAGGAUGUAUACAUGAAGCCAUCGGGCGUACCAUCUGUGUUUGAGUGCUAAAAGUGGAACAUAGAUGUAUGUGUUUGGCAAUCGCUACGGUAUAUGACAUGUUUAUACCUGUGCUUUGCUAUAAGCUAUAAGCUGUACAUGUGAUAAAUCGAGAGCCCAUAGAUGUUUCAGCGAGCGCAGAGACACACCAGUAAUCAGCACGUAAACAGCGCGUAUAAAAUAAAUGUAUAUUUAAG